UCACUGGGUGGAUAUACCCAGCCAAAUCCAAAUGUACGUUGCAUUUACCAUCCUGCCGUUCACAUCAUUCGCGACGAGUAGAUCGCUCAUUCACCCUUGCAGCCAUGUCCGUCGACGCCAGCACAUCUGCUUCCGUUCAGGAGACACAAGAGGAUACUACACCAGCGUGGACGGAGCCGCCUUGGACCGGAUGGAUUGAAACAACGGGAGAUGCGCUGCUCAUCCUCGAGGCUGCUCGACGUGGUAUGAUACCCCGCGUGACACGUCGUCUCGUGGACUCGGAGCGUCGCAUGAUCACCUCCGGGUCCGUGUUCGUCUUUGAUGAGGACGAGAGUGGCAUCAAACGCUGGACAGAUGGGUUCUUCUGGAGCCCGAGUCGAAUUCUGGGGAAUUUUUUACUCUACCGAGAGACAGACAAGAAGUCGAACAUUCGAGGGGCGCAGCGUUCGCAGGCUCCAACGAGUACCACUCCGUCCAUCCUCGUCAACGAAGCAAGUCAUACCAUCGGUCUCCGCAACGACACGUCGACACUUUCUCGACCAAAGAAUAUCGACCCGGGCGAUGUUGAUCGCGCCCGUGAAAGAUCGCUAUUCGGCAGUCUCACCAACAACAAGAAAUUCAAGUCUCAAGGAAUGAUGAAGAAGACAUUUUCUCUCUCGAUCGGUGGCGUUGCUCAGCACCUCAUAUCGUACUACAAAGUCGAAGAUGUGGAACAAGGUCGCCUGCGUACACCGUCAUCUCUCCCAGAACUAGCCGCCUUGGAAAUCAGUUCAGAAUACCUCGACAAGACACACUUCCGCGUCCCGCCACGUGUCGAAUACGACUCAGAUGGUGUUCCUCGAUACAGAGGCGAAGCAGACGAACCCGAGUCUCCCACUCUCGGGCUUAGCGACCUCCCUCCAGUCCCGGCUCUUGAAGGCACACCUGCCCCAGCUCCAUCAAAGCCGAAACGCUCCCAGAAGCGAUACGACCCCUACGGAGAGGGCCCCUCCAAGCCACGUCGUAAGCGAAUGCAAGACCCCCAGAACGACCUAACCCAAUCGCAAGACACUUCCCUUCCCAGCCCAUCGUCCCCUUCAUCCUCGCACGCAGGAUAUGACGCUACCAGUUAUUUCCAAGCAUAUGCCAACGCAUCAGCACAAGGGGGCUACUACCCUCUUCCGACCGGCUACUAUGCUGCUCCCGCUCCAUCAGGCCAGGCUAUACCCUACGCCAUAUACUCACCGUCAGGCUCGGAGACCCAACCCACAUACCCGCCUUCCGCCACAUUUUACCCACAACCGUUGCCAGGGGCCAUUUAUGCGCAGACGGGUCCAGGCCCCACACCUGCUGCACCGAUGGGAAUGCCGUACUAUCCGUCUGUAGCGACUGGCUGGCGUCCCACCGGCGGAACGAGCAUCGACAAGACAGACGAGAGCGGCCAGAAGCCCGCUGGUGACGAUGAUACCCACGAUGGGAUUACUGCCCAGGCGUAAUGUGAUGACGGGCCUUGUAGCGUGUAGUUGGUAAAGAUAUUAGUUCGCGAUUGGGGUAAUGUGGGGUGUCUUGAUUUCGAAGGCGUAAUGCUAAUAUUGGAUAUUGAUUGUUGACUUUUGAAACUGUACUGCCAAUGGUUUUUAUUGAAUCGUGGUUCUUGUUUUGUUUUACUGUUUCAUACUUAGCAUCUUGUAUUAUCUUUGUAUGUAACCUAGCUAUCUGGAUUGUACAUUUGUUUUAUCAAGUAUACGCCUUUUUUUUUCAUAC